GGGAAGGUAUGUUCUCACUUCUGUUAAAAUCCAGACCUGUCUGAUCAAACGGUUUUGUGAGAAACGUUUUGUUUCAAAGUACUUACCAACGAUCGGUAUAGACUAUGGUGUAUUCAGAACCAAGGUAGGGAACAAUGAGCUACGCGUUGAUAUAUUUGACAUGUCUGGAAAUCCUUCAUUUUACGAUAUUCGAAAUGAAUUCUAUAAAGAUACAAAUGGUGCUAUUCUGACUUUUGACGUAACAAACAGAAAAACUUUUGAAAAUCUGAUUCGGUGGGUUCAUGAGUUGCAUUUCGAAUCCGGUGAAGCUAAUUCGGUUUCAUCUCCAGUCAUAAUUCUUUGUGGUAACAAGGUUGAUAAAGCGCCAAGAGCAGUGAGCUAUUAUGAAGUAUCUGAAUGGGCAGCAAUACAUCAGUAUCCAUACCUUGAAACAUCCGCACUUAGUGGUCAUGGAGUUACAGAAACUUUUAAUACUUUAUUUGAAAGUAUUAUUAAUCCAGAAAUCUAUCAAUCUUAUAUACCGAAUCAUGUUCAUUUUCAUCGAAAUUCAAAUAAUCCUACAUAUCAAGAAAUGAAUUCUAUACAUCAUAAUUCAACAAUGAAUAUUCCAAAAUCUAAUUCAAAAUUGAAUCAUUCAUUUAAACAAUUCAACAUGCCUUCUUCACCAUCAUCAACCGCUUCAUUUAAAUCAAAUCAAAAUGAACCAUGUAAAAUGACAUAUCAAAAUCUUUUAGAAAUAAAUCGUAUUAAAAAUGCUAAAAAUAAUUAUGAACGAUUAGGGAUUAGUAUGACAGCUAGUAGCGAAGAAAUUCAAAAAGCAUUUCGUCGUUUAGCCUUUAUUGUACAUCCUGAUAAAAAUAAUACUCCAGGCAGUGAAGAAGCUUUCAAAAUAUUGGUAAAAGCAAAAGAUUCUUUACUUUCAUUAUCAAAUGGAUCCAGUUGGUUCAGUUCUAAAGUUUAA